AUUUUUGUCCUAAAAAAUAGCCUUCGAUGCCACUUUUGAGACACAGAAACACAAAAGCAUUGCAAAGCACAACAACCGGUCGGUAGCUUCUGCAACUCUCAACGUGCUAAUUCAGAAGAUCACCCCUAUCCGUCUGCCUCGCUUCUGAUUCUACUAUUAUUGCUUUUUUUUAAUAUUGCCAACCCAUUUCCAGUCUGUAAUAGAAGAAAUUAGCAGAUUGAGCCAUGUGAAUUUUAGGUGUCCGGGAUGGGAAGCCAAACCUUUUCGACAAUCAUUCUCCACUUCCUUUUUCCAGUCUUUUCCUGAUCAUUAAAAGGUUCUUUCUGCUCUUCUCUUCUCUGUCUCUGAUCUCUGUGCGAAAGGCCGUUCGUUCCUGAACAAGGGAGCUAGCUGAGAAUAUAACCCAUCCAAUCAAGCUUGUUCUGGAAUUUAUUUCCUUUUACAGGUCAAAAAACAAAGUCUGAUUCAGCAGACUCAUCUUUGUUUAAGGUACUGAAAUGGAGCAGUCGGAUAAGCAAUCGUCUCUCAUACCACCAUUACCCAGAGACUCUCGCGGCUCGCUUGAGGUAUUCAAUCCCUCCACCUACUCCAACAGGCCAACCAACCCGGCCUUCCGGUCGCAGCCGUCGUGGAAGGGCUGGUUAGAGCAACCUGAGAGUAGUCCCGAACCGGACCCCUCCUCCAAGCUCUCCCCCAAUUCGGAUCUCGCCGAGGUAACCACCACCUCAUGGAUGGCCCUCAAGGACCCCACCCCACCAGUGCCACCACAACCGGCGAAACAAUCACCGAUAGCCCAGAAGACCCUCUCGGCCAUCUUCAACGAUCAAGACGAUGGCGAGAAACCGACGGGGAAGAGGCGAUCAGCAUCGGGAGAAGUCGGCGACGCAGCCCAACGAGCGGCCGAGUGGGGUUUGGUCUUGAAAACUGACACCGAGACCGGCAAGCCGCAGGGGGUCUCUGUUAGGAAUUCAGGUGGCGGGGGAGAUGACUCGAACAAUAGGCCGGGAAACUCCAGAAGAGACUCGAAUAACUCGGUGCGAAGCUCGGGCGAACUUUCAGAAGAUGGAGGGAAAGAGAGAGGGAUUCCGAGGGUAUCAGAGGACUUAAAGGACGCGUUAUCGACAUUCCAGCAAACAUUCGUGGUCUCGGACGCGACAAAACCGGAUUAUCCGAUAAUGUACGCGAGUGCUGGGUUCUUCAAGAUGACCGGUUAUACAUCCAAAGAGGUUGUCGGUCGGAACUGCCGGUUUUUACAGGGGAAGGAUACGGAUCCAGAAGACGUGGCAAAGAUAAGGGAAGCAUUGGAGAGUGGGAAGAGUUAUUGUGGAAGGCUGUUGAAUUACAAGAAGGAUGGGACCCCCUUUUGGAAUUUACUCACUAUUUCCCCCAUCAAAGAUGACGCUGGACAACUCCUUAAAUUUAUCGGAAUGCAAGUGGAGGUCAGCAAGCAUACAGAGGGAUUUAAGGAUAAGAUGGUGCGUCCUAAUGGAUUGCCAGAAUCAUUGAUUCGAUAUGAUGCUCGUCAGAAAGAGAUGGCCUCAAGUUCAGUAUCUGAGCUUGUGCAGGCAGUGAAGAGACCUCGUGCACUCAGUGAAUCGAUAAAUCGACCCUUGAGGAAAUCAGGAGGUGGGAAGGAAGAGGAGAGAAUUGAAUCACUAACAAGGAGAAACUCUGAGAGCGUUGCUCCACCUAGAAGGAACUCACAUGCUGGUACUAGAAGUUCAAUGCAGCGCAUCAGUGAGCUACCCGAAAAGAAACCGAAAAAAUCUGGUCGUCGUUCUUUUAUGGGGAUGAUUAGGAAAGGUCAACCCAACAUUAAGGACAGCCUUGAUUUUGAACCUCCUAUGGAUGGUGAUGAGACUGAUGAUGAUGAUGAUGAUGAGAGGCCUGAGAAUGUUGAUGACAAAGUAAGAAAGAAGGAAAUGAGAAAGGGUAUUGAUCUUGCUACUACACUCGAGCGUAUAGAGAAGAACUUUGUCAUUACGGAUCCAAGACUUCCUGAUAAUCCCAUUAUUUUUGCAUCCGAUAGCUUCUUAGAACUUACAGAGUAUAGUCGUGAAGAAAUCCUGGGAAGAAAUUGCAGGUUUCUGCAAGGACCUGAAACUGAUCCGGAAACUGUGAGGAAAAUAAGAGAGGCAAUUGACAACCAGACAGAUGUCACUGUCCAACUCAUUAACUACACAAAGAGCGGUAAAAAGUUCUGGAACCUGUUUCAUUUGCAGCCAAUGCGCGAUCAAAAAGGAGAAGUACAGUAUUUUAUUGGGGUACAGUUGGAUGGAAGUCAGCAUGUUGAGCCACUUCGCAACUGCAUUCCUGAAGGCACUGCAAAAGAGAGUGAACAACUGAUUAAAGAAACUGCAGAAAAUGUUGAUGAUGCAGUGAGAGAGCUUCCGGAUGCCAAUUUGAAACCGGAAGAUUUGUGGAGUAACCAUUCUAAGGUGGUUCAUCCAAAACCUCAUAGGAAGUACAGCCCCUCAUGGAGCGCUAUCCAAAAGAUUCUCGAUGAUGGAGAACAGAUAGGCUUGAAACAUUUCAGGCCAAUAAAGCCCUUGGGAUCCGGAGAUACUGGGAGUGUGCAUUUGGUGGAAUUGUGUGGAACUGGUCUGUGUUUUGCCAUGAAGGCUAUGGAUAAAAAUGUUAUGCUCAAUCGUAACAAGGUGCAUAGAGCUUGUGCAGAGAGGGAAAUCCUUGACAUGUUAGAUCAUCCUUUUCUUCCUGCACUGUAUGCUUCAUUCCAGACCAAAACACAUGUUUGUCUGAUAACUGAUUACUGCCCUGGUGGAGAACUCUUCCUGCUUUUAGACAGACAGCCCACGAAGGUCCUGAAGGAAGAUGCAGUGAGAUUUUAUGCUGCAGAGGUAGUUGUUGCAUUGGAGUACCUUCACUGUCAGGGGAUAAUUUACAGGGAUUUAAAGCCUGAAAAUGUUUUACUCCAGAGCAAUGGUCACGUAUCCUUGACAGAUUUUGAUUUGUCAUGUUUGACAUGUUGUAAACCACAGCUUUUGAUUCCAAGGACAAAUGAAAAGAAAAAACAACAGAAUGGUCAACAGAAUCCAAUUUUCAUGGCAGAGCCUAUGCGAGCAUCAAACUCUUUUGUUGGCACCGAGGAAUACAUAGCUCCGGAAAUCAUCACUGGGGCAGGCCAUACUAGUGAGGUGGACUGGUGGGCUCUUGGUAUUCUUCUGUACGAGAUGUUCUAUGGAUAUACACCAUUUAGGGGAAAGACUAGGCAAAAGACUUUUGCCAAUAUUCUUCAAAAAGAUCUUAAAUUUCCAGGAAGUAUACCGGUAAGUCUCCAAGCAAAGCAGUUAAUGUAUAGGCUCUUGCACAGGGAUCCCAAAAACAGAUUGGGUUCUCGGGAAGGGGCAAAUGAGAUUAAGUGUCACCCUUUCUUCCGGGGUGUCAAUUGGGCUCUAGUUCGCUGCAUGAAAGCUCCUGAGCUUGAUGCUCCUCUCUUUGACACAACUGAGGCUGAGAAGGAAGCAAAAGUUGUGGAUCCUGAAUUAGAGGAUCUCCAGACAAAUGUUUUCUAGUAGGUCUGGUCCAUGAUUUUGAGCAUGUGAAUCAUAUCUCCUUCAGAAAGGAAACGCAAUGGAGUCUCUGAGAGCUCCUUGAUCCUUCAAGGAAUUGGGUUUUUCUUUGACUUGACUUGUGUUUCUUGGCCCCAAGCAUUUUGAUCAACAGCUAAGUCUGGUAGCUGCUGGUAGGCGGAAAUUAAGGUUCAGUUGUGUCCCAUGUAAUGUUUGUACGAUGUGUCUCAUGUAAUUUUAAUCCCAGUUGGUUCGAACUUAAAA